AUGCCUAUUGUCCCAGAGCACUAUAAUGAUGGCAAUCGAGCCUUUCUACAGGCUUUUCUGGCCCGCGGCACUCUCACGUUCGAAGAAGCCCAACCCAUACUAGCCAACAUCUUCACCAUCGAAGCCGAGGACGGCGAACCGGUCGCCCCGGAACAAGUAACACGCGAUGAUUUCGACUCAUACGUGCAGGCCGCCGCAGAGGGGGUCUCCUUCUUCGAUUACGAAAUUCGUAGCAUCAUCCACCAAGUGACCAAGAAGCGUAUCUACGCCCUUGUGAACACAGCCUCCGACCCGAUGACACAACUAGCAACAACUUUCAAUGCCGAGCAAAUUUCUUUCACUAAGAGAUUGCUUGACGCCAUGUUCGAAACAUACAACUCUCAGCGCAUGGAAGUCAUGGCCAUCACAGAUAUGCAAGCGAUCAAGCUCGCCCGGCCCUCGAGACAAAAUAUCAACAAUGAUGAGAAUGGCGAGAUGGCGCAGACACAAUCCGUCGCGGAUAAAGGCCUGAAACACAGUGAGGUGGAGGACAUGCUUGUAAACCUGAUGAGCCAGGGCUGGCUGGAAAAGUCGAAGGAUGGAUUCUAUACGUUGAGCCCGCGGUCUCUUUUAGAGCUGCGGGCGAUGCUCAUCGACUCAUACAACGAUCCUGACGCAGCGGCGGAGGAGUGGCAGCGCAUCAAAUUCUGUGAGGCAUGCAAGGAAGUUGUCACAAUUGGGCAGAGGUGCUCCAACGUGGAUUGCAACGCCCGGUUGCAUGACACAUGCCAGGAGGCAUACUGGCGGACACAGCGCAGUCGGAAAUGCCCGCGAUGCUCGAGGGAAUGGGAUGGCAAGCUUUUUGUGGGCGAGAGGGCGGUUACCAGCACAGAGGCCUAUCAAAGGGGUCGCCGUAGGAGUGGUGGCCGUAGAAGCAAUCUUGCAGACGAAGCCAUGCACGAAAAUGGGGCAGACGGGGAAGACGAAGAAAGAGACGAUGAAGAUUAA